GCGUGGGGCGUCCUGGUCGCGUACGGUGUUUCAGUUGCUGCGAGGGGCUGCAGGGAGCGCCGCUGCCUAGCGAGCUUAGUGACUGAAGAUGGAUCCACAUAUGGAGAUGCAGCUGCUCUCUGACUUCCAGCCAUGACCAUCACCUCCAACCACCAUUUCUUGAGUACCUGCUCUGUGCUGGGCUCUGUUCUGGACAUUGUGGGGGGAUUCAAAAGAGAUAAAAGUCACAGUCCUUGUUCUCAACCAGCUUGUAAAUUAAUUUGGGAGGUGAAAUCCACUCAAAUGAAGCGGCAUAAGAAUGGUAACAAGCAGUAUUUCACUAGAAUGGGUACUAGGAAAAAAGUUCAUGCAUUUGUCCGUGUCAAGCCCACUGAUGACUUUGCUCAUGAGAUGAUCAGAUAUGGAGAUGACAACAAAAGCAUUGAUAUUCAUCUAAAAAAAGACACUCGGAGAGGAGUUGUCAAUAACCAGCAGACAGAUUGGUCAUUCAAGCUAGAUGGAGUUCUCCAUGAUGCCUCCCAGGACUUGGUUUAUGAGACAGUUGCAAAGGAUGUGAUUUCCCAGGCCCUCAAUGGCUAUAAUGGCACCAUCAUGUGUUAUGGGCAGACGGGAGCUGGCAAGACAUACACCAUGAUGGGGGCAACUGAAAAUUACAAGCACCGGGGCAUCCUCCCUCGUGCCCUGCAGCAGGUUUUCAGGAUGAUUGAAGAACGCCCCACACAUGCCAUCACUGUGCGUGUUUCCUACUUGGAAAUCUAUAAUGAGAGCCUGUUUGAUCUCCUGUCCACUCUUCCCUAUGUUGGACCCUCAGUUACACCAAUGACUAUUGUGGAAAACUCUCAAGGUGUCUUCAUUAAGGGGUUGUCAGUCCACCUCACAAGUCAGGAGGAGGAUGCAUUCAGCCUCCUUUUUGAGGUGAGAUGAUCAAGUUUA